AUGGCGUCCAUGCGGGAGAGCGACACCGGCCUCUGGCUGCACAACAAGCUGGGGGCCACCGACGAGCUGUGGGCGCCGCCGAGCAUCGCCUCGCUGCUCACCGCCACCGUCAUCGACAACAUCCGUCUCUGCUUCCACAACCUGUCGUCCGCCGUGAAGCUCAAGCUGCUCCUCGGGACGCUGCACCUCCCCCGCCGCACCGUGGACGAGAUGAAAGGUACACUGACAGAAAUUAUCCAGCUUGCGACUUUGGAUUCAGACCCCUGGGUCUUGAUGGUAGCUGAUAUUUUAAAGUCCUUCCCCGAUUCUGGUUCGCUUAAUCUUGAUCUUGAAGAGCAGAACCCCAAUGUCCAAGAUAUUCUGGGAGAACUUCGAGAGAAAGUUGGUGAGUGUGAGGCGUCGGCCAUGCUGCCGCUGGAGUGCCGCUACUUAAACAAGAAUGCCCUGACCACCCUCGCCGGACCCCUCACUCCCCCCGUGAAACAUUUCCAGCUGAAGAGGAAACCCAAGAGUGCCACCCUCCGGGCCGAGCUCCUGCAGAAGUCUACAGAAACUGCCCAGCAGCUGAAGAAGACGGCGGGAGUGCCUUUCCAUGCCAAGGGCAGGGGAUUGGUCAAGAAGAUCGACACAACAACUCCCCUCAAAGGAAUACCCAAGCAGGCUCCGUUCAGAAGCCCGACCGCACCGAGCGUUUUCAGCCCCACCGGCAAUCGCACACCAAUCCCCCCAUCGCGGACGCCGCUGCGCAAAGAGAGAGGAGUGAAGCUGCUGGACAUUUCUGAGCUGGAUGCAGUGGGUGCUGGCCGUGAAGCGAAGAGAAGGAGAAAGACUCUCGAUGCGGAAGUUGUGGAGAAGCAAGCCAAGGAGGAGACCGUGGUGGAGAACGCCACUCCAGACUACGCCGCCGGCCUGGUGUCCACCCAGAAACUGGGCUCCCUGAACACAGAGCCAGCGCUGCCGUCUACGAGCUAUCUGCCCGCAGCACCCAGCGCCGUGCCUUCCUCGGCCUACGUCCCCAGCUCCGAGGCCCAGCCAGCCCCGUCAGCCCGAGAGGUCCUGCCGUCCAGCAGACAGCCCGAGGACACGGCCGCCGCCAAUGCCACCGCCACCGCCGCCGCCACCCUCCCGGCACAGUUCAAGCAGAGGACGGCUCUGUACAACAGCGGCUCAAACCCGGCGCCCCCCUCCGCCUCCGCCUCCACCCCUGCUGCUGCGCCCGCCUCCCCCCUGCCGCCCGCCGCGCCCCCCGCCGCCUCAGCGGCCGCCCCCGCCCCCACCCCAGCGGCCACCCCCGCGGCUCCGCCGACCCCACAGCCGCAGCCCAAGAAGAGCCUCUCUCUAACGAGGGAGCAGAUGUACGCGGCACAGGAGAUGUUCAAGACGGCAAAUAAAGUCACGAGGCCCGAGAAGGCGCUCAUCCUCGGCUUCAUGGCAGGAUCCAGAGAGAACCCGUGCCAGGAGCAGGGCGACAUCAUCCAGAUCAAGCUCAGCGAGCACACGGAGGUCUUGGCCAAAGCCGACGGGACCGGCAACACCACUAUGCUGGUUGACACGGUCUUCGAGAUGAACUAUGCCACCGGCCAGUGGACCAGGCUGAAGAAGUACAAGCCCAUAACCAAUGUGUCCUAAAGGACACGACCCCCCCACCGACUGUGGACCAAGCCGCACCCCGACCCUAGAAAAGGAAGCUCGCCUCCAAAUGGCA